UUGUGUAGCAAUGAUGUACGUCGACACUUUAAAAAAUUGGCCAAAGGUGAUAUAGAAUCAGCUUUGAGGACACAGGAAAGUGAUGACUCGGAUCACAAUUUAAGAAUUUUCCACCUAAUGAAAGACCAAGUGUAUCACGAGUACAAAGGCGAAGAUAACUGUCCUUGGAGCUUGGUGCAGAUGAAAGCUGCAUUUAAAACAUACAUGAGAUCCAAGAGGGCCAGUGAAAAGAGGUCGAGAAAUGAUCAGAAUUCCGCCCAUGUUAUAUUGUGUCGUCGUCAGAACAGAAAGAGGGAGAAACUGGGAAGGCGGCUAAAAAGUUUGGAUUCCAAAACCUGGAAUGCCGCUAAAAAGGCAGAAGUAGCGGACGUUAUGAGAGUAGACUACAUGUCUAGUGAGGAAAGUGAUUUAGAGGAUGGCUCCCCGGUUUAUCUAGUAAAGCCACUCGUCUGGGAGAGCUCAGAUCUUAAAAAAAGGAAAAGAUCCCUAGACAAACACCAUAGAGAAUCUUUGCCUUCGCUCGUGAGGCGGAGGGUGAUCCGACGUAAGGAAGGUCCACCCUCGUUACGAAACAAGCCUGCGUCCUGCCCUGAAUGGGCUUGCCAGCAAUGAUAUAUUUUG